CGUCCGAAGAUGGAGCCUGCCGGCAUGGAUUAUUUCUGCGAGCAGGUACAGCAGAAGGACGUGGGCCGCAGGAUGCAGGUCGGCCAAGAGCUGCUGGAGUACCUGGGCGACCCGGCGAGGUCCCCCGAUUUGGAGCAGGACCAGCAGCGCCUUGACAAAGUGAUCGACGAAUUAACAGCGUGGGUCAACUCCAGUAAUUUUAAGGUAGCACUACUGGGAUUAGAUGUUUUAGGUGCCUUUGUUGACAGACUAUCAGGACGCUUUAAACCGUAUAUAGGAACUGUUCUCAUGGCUUUGAUAGAUCGUAUGGGAGAUGCCAAAGACCAAGUUCGAGAGCAAGCACAGAAUCUUAUAUUGAAAUUGAUGUGUGAAGCAGCACCACCCAUGUACAUUUGGGAACGCCUUGCUGUUGGUUUUAAACACAAGAAUUACCGAUCCCGAGAAGGAGUGUGUUUGUGUCUUGUUGCUACCUUAAACAUUUAUGGUGCACAGCCAUUAAUCCUCAGCAAGUUGGUACCACAUCUGUGUAUAGCAUUUGGUGACUCCAACAGUCAGGUGAGAGAUGCUGCCAUACUAGCCAUUGUAGAGGUUUAUAGACAUGUGGGAGAGAAAGUACGAAUAGAUCUUACAAAAAGAGGAAUUCCUCCUGGAAGGUUGCAAACAAUCUUUGCAAAAUUUGAUGAAAUAAGAAACUCUGACAAUAUGAUUUUAAGUAACGUCAGUGACAAAAGCUUUGAUGAUGAAGAGUCAGUGGAUGGAAAUAGGCCAUCAUCUGCUGCUUCAGCCUUCAAGGUUCCGGCACCUAAAAAGCCAGGAAAUCCUUCAAACAGUGCAAGAAAGCCAGGAUCAGCUGGUGGGCCUAAGGUUGGAGGUUCCUCUAAAGAAGGAGGAGCUGGGGCUGUGGAUGAGGAUGAUUUUAUUAAGGCAUUUACAGAUGUUCCUACUGUACAGAUCUAUUCUAGUCGAGAACUUGAAGAAACGUUGAACAAAAUCAGGGAAAUUCUCUCAGAUGACAAACAUGAUUGGGAUCAGCGAACUAAUGCGCUGAAGAAGGUUCGAUCCUUGCUCGUUGCUGGAGCUGCUCAGUACGAUGGGUUUUUCCAGCACUUACGGCUGUUGGAUGGUGCUUUCAAGCUGUCAGCCAAGGAUCUCAGAUCCCAGGUGGUUAGAGAAGCCUGCAUUACUGUAGCCCACCUUUCAACUGUUCUGGGAAACAAGUUUGACCAUGGCGCUGAAGCAAUUGUGCCUACUCUUUUUAACCUGGUCCCCAACAGCGCCAAAGUGAUGGCAACCUCUGGGUGUGCAGCCAUCAGGUUCAUCAUUCGGCAUACUCAUGUGCCACGACUCAUACCUUUAAUAACAAGCAACUGUACCUCAAAAUCAGUUGCAGUUAGAAGGCGCUCCUUUGAAUUUUUAGACCUGUUAUUACAAGAGUGGCAAACACAUUCACUGGAAAGGCAUGCAGCUGUCUUGGUUGAAACAAUCAAGAAGGGUAUUCAUGAUGCUGAUGCAGAAGCAAGAGUGGAGGCAAGAAAGGCUUAUCUGGGUCUUAGAAAUCACUUUCCUAGUGAAGCUGAGACUCUGUACAAUUCUCUGGAGCCACCCUAUCAAAGAAGCCUUCAGACCUAUUUGAAGAAUUCUGGCAGUAUAGCAUCUCUCCCUCAGUCAGACAGGUCAUCCUCCAGCUCACAGGAGAGCCUCAAUCGGCCUCUGUCAUCUAAAUGGUCUGCAGCCAGCCCAGCAAGUCUUGCAGGCAGAGCUGCAGGCAGCAGCAAGGGUGUCCCAAGCCCGGGCACCCUGCAGAGGUCUCGCAGUGACAUUGACGUGAACGCUGCCACGGGCGCCAAGGCCCGCCAUGCUGCUGGACAGACAGCUGGAGCUGGGCGCCUCUCAGCAGCGGGGCUGCCCCCGGGGUCCUACGCCUCCCUAGAGGAUACUUCUGACAAGAUGGAUGGAACAGCUUCUGAAGAUGGUCGUAUACGAUCAAAGCUCUCAACCCCUUCUGUUGGUAUUGGAAAUUCUAAAACAGAUUCCAGAGGACGGAGUAGAACCAAAGUGGUGUCACAGUCUCAGCCUGGCAGUAGAUCCGGGUCUCCUGGAAGAGUUUUGACAACAACCACACUUUCCACUAUGAACACAGGAGUUCAGAGAGUGUUGGUGAAUCCUGCAGCUGCACAAAAACGGAGCAAAAUCCCGCGAAGUCAGGGAUGCAGUAGAGAAGCUAGUCCUUCUAGGUUGUCAGUAGCGCGAGGCAGCCGCAUUCCUCGGCCUAGUGUGAGUCAGGGCUGCAGCAGGGAGGCCAGCCGUGAAAGUAGCAGGGACACGAGCCCUGUCCGCUCUUUCCCGCCCCUCGCUUCCAGACAUCACUCCAGAUCCACUGGUGCCCUCUACGCUCCUGAUGCUUAUGGGGCCACAGGUACUGGCUUCGGAAUUAGUCAGUCGAGUAGAUUAUCGUCAUCAGUCAGUGCUAUGCGAGUUCUGAACACAGGCUCUGAUGUAGAAGAGGCAGUAGCAGAUGCUUUGAAGAAGCCCGUGCGAAGAAGGUAUGAAUCAUACGGGAUGUACUCAGAUGAUGAUGCCAACAGUGAUGCAUCAAGUGCCUGUUCAGAAAGGUCCUACAGCUCCAGGAACGGGAGCAUACCGACCUACAUGAGGCAGACAGAAGACGUGGCUGAAGUCCUGAACCGCUGUGCCAGCACCAACUGGUCAGAGAGGAAAGAAGGCCUUCUAGGCCUGCAGAACUUACUAAAGAACCAGAGAACUCUAAGUCGUGUUGAGUUGAAAAGAUUGUGUGAGAUCUUCACAAGAAUGUUUGCUGAUCCUCACAGUAAGAGAGUGUUCAGUAUGUUUUUGGAGACACUGGUCGACUUCAUCCAGGUCCAUAAAGAAGAUCUGCAGGACUGGCUGUUUGUACUCCUGACACAGCUGUUGAAAAAAAUGGGUGCUGAUUUGCUUGGGUCUGUACAAGCAAAAGUUCAGAAGGCACUUGAUGUCACAAGGGAAUCUUUUCCAAAUGACCUCCAGUUCAGUAUUUUAAUGAGGUUUACUGUUGACCAGACCCAAACACCUAGUCUGAAGGUCAAAGUUGCAAUCUUAAAAUACAUAGAAACUCUCGCGCAACAGAUGGAUCCAGGAGAUUUUGUAAAUUCAAGUGAAACUAGGUUAGCAGUGUCUCGAAUCAUCACCUGGACCACAGAACCCAAAAGCUCAGAUGUUAGGAAGGCUGCACAGUCAGUGCUGAUUUCCCUUUUUGAACUCAACACUCCAGAGUUUACAAUGCUGUUGGGUGCUUUACCAAAAACAUUUCAGGAUGGAGCCACAAAGCUUCUCCAUAAUCAUCUCCGGAAUACAGGCAACAGUGGUCAGGGAUCGAUGGGAAGUCCUUUAACAAGACCUACUCCACGCUCCCCAGCAAGUUGGUCAAGUCCUCUCACUUCCCCAACCAAUACAUCACAGAACACUUUGUCACCAAGUGCAUUUGACUAUGACACUGAAAAUAUGAAUUCUGAAGAUAUUUACAGCUCUCUUCGUGGAGUCACUGAAGCCAUUCAGAAUUUCAGUUUUCGUAGUCAAGAAGAUAUGAAUGAGCCUGUAAAACGAGAUGCUAAAAAAGAUGACAGUGAUUCGAUUUGCAGUGCUUCUGGAAUAGUGGACAUGCGAGCAGGAAGUGGUGUGAGCGAUACAGGUCGGACAGCUCUGGAUAACAAAACGUCAUUACUCAACACGAUGCCUCCCCACUCUUCACCACGCUCACGAGAUUACAACCCAUACAAUUAUUCUGAUGGUAUCAGUGCAUUUAAUAAAUCUGCUUUGAAAGAAGCCAUGUUUGAUGAUGAUGCAGAGCAGUUUCCUGAUGAGCCUCCCAUGGACCAUUCUGAUCUGGUUGCAGAACUACUGAAAGAGUUAUCAAACCAUAAUGAGAGAGUUGAAGAAAGAAAGGCUGCCCUGUAUGAGCUCAUGAAGUUAACUCAGGAAGAGUCUUUUGGUGUUUGGGAUGAGCACUUCAAAACAAUACUUCUUCUGCUGCUUGAAACGCUUGGAGAUAAAGAGCAUGCAAUUAGAGCUUUGGCACUGAAAGUUCUAAGAGAAAUUCUAAGAAACCAGCCAGCGAGGUUUAAGAAUUAUGCAGAGCUCACAAUCAUGAAGACCUUAGAAGCACAUAAGGAUCCUCAUAAGGAGGUGGUGAGAUCUGCUGAAGAAGCUGCUUCCAUGCUGGCCACUUCCAUUAGCCCAGAUCAGUGCAUCAAAGUUCUCUGUCCAAUUAUCCAAACUGCAGAUUACCCCAUUAAUCUGGCUGCAAUCAAAAUGCAGACAAAAGUUAUAGAAAGAGUAUCUAAAGAAACCCUUACUCAGCUCUUACCAGAGAUUGUGCCAGGUCUAAUACAGGGUUAUGAUAACUCAGAGAGCAGCGUUCGUAAGGCAUGUGUUUUCUGCCUUGUAGCCAUUCAUGCAGUAAUUGGUGAUGAACUUAAACCACAUCUCAGUCAACUCACUGGCAGUAAAAUGAAAUUAUUGAACCUUUACAUCAAACGUGCACAAACAGGCUCUGGAGCAGGGGAUACAGCAGCAGAUAUGUCUGGACAAAGCUAAUGAAGCUGACAAGAGCUAACCAGGUCUCCUAAAGGAAGGGCAAGGCCCUCUUCAGUGAAAGGAAAAUCCUUACAUGCAACUUCUGGAACUUUUUUCUUGUUUUGGUUCAACACCCCCCCCCCUUUCUUUUGUUAUUUUUCUUUUGUGUUUGGGGUUUUGGGUUUUUUUUUUUUUCCCUUUAACCAGUGGCUGUCCUCAGCCUGCAUGAGACUGUUGCAAUAGAAUUAUUCCAAAUCUAAGGAAAAACAGUAUUAACAUCAGGUGAUCAAAACAGAAUAAAAAUUUAAAAUAAUCUUAUCCAUCAGUUACCCUGUUCAUAAUCCUCUGUGUCUUCCCAUUAACUUUUGCCAGUGUUACUGUAUUAAAAGAUUUUUUUAGUGCUAAUUAAAAAGGUAUGCUUUAAGCUUCAGAAGUUAAAAUAUAAAUUCUGUUGCUUUUCUUCAGCUGCAGAUAACAUUACUUUUUUAUUGCUGCUUUGUUUGAGCAUCAUGUCCUUUGCUAGAAACAAGAAGUGAUGUGAAACAAGGCUGAACUAGUCUGAACUGCAGUGAGACUUGUUCACUGUGUUGGUGGUUCAUCAUCUUAUUUACAGCUUGUUUGGGAUAUUCUGGAGAUUGAGAAAUAUGCCUAUAAAAAGAAAGCUGGAUCGAUCCAGUUCUGUCACAGUGAUAUUGUUCAUUGGUUGUAUGUUUGUUGCAUAAAUAAGAAUUUCGUGUGCGCAGCAGAGGGCUGGUACAACCAGUACCUCUUAAUGUGGGAGACAGCCCUGCCAGGGCAGCACUGCCGAGCUGGUGACAGUGUGGCAGCCUGCUGGUGAGCAGCAGAGUUCAUGGUCACUUGAUGGAUGUGAACCAUCCUUGUCACCUUUCGUUCUUCAAGCAGGAUGCUUCAGAAUGGAGUGCUCUGCCCAAGCAUGCUCAGUAUGUAUUUAUCUUUAUCACUAGAAUGUUUCCUCUCAACCUAAUUGCUGGAACAAGUAGUCUUGUAUUGUAACUCACAUGGGAUCUUAUGAGAACAGUGCAGAAAACUAUUUAUUCCUUAUCUUCCGAAAAGCACCAAGAUUUUUCUGCAUUGAAUUUAAAUGGGGGGAGGGGGGAAUAGUCACAAAUGCUAUGGAUCUUGCCACCUUUUAAUUUAAAGAAAAAUAUAUAUUUUGGAUGAGUAGGAAAAGCUGCACCAAAUUAUUUGCAUGGUUUUCUUGAAUAGCAUCCUCAAGACCCAUCUGGAUUAAGAUGUGGAAAUGUUUCAAGGGUUUGUUUUUCCAUUUUUGAAAAAGAGUUAGUAUAUUGUGAAUAAUGGUUCUUUGUAUUUAUGAAGUUGAUAAUGGAAAGAGAACAAAGAUAAGUAAAUGUGUCCCUAAAUGUUGUCUUUUCCUUUUUUUUCCUUUCUUUUUCCUUUUUUUUCUUUUAUAUAAGCAGCAAGCUAAUUAAGUGAGAAAUGGGAUGAAACAGUGCCCUUCCCAGGAAUAGUGGAACUUUUUUUCCUGGCAUUAUUUUCCCUUUGACUGUGAUUUUGUCUAGUUGGAGGAAGUGUAUCCUGAUAAGAGAGAAAAUAGUGGUGCCAAGGAUGAUGACCUAUGCUAGGCUAAAAUUCUCUCUACCUCUUCAGGGUGACUAACUUUUGACUGAGCUGCUGCAUAUAGCACCCAGUAGAAGAACUAUCUACAGAAAAAUUUUUUUUUUUUCCAAAUUAUCACUUAAUGUGUAUUCAAAACUAUUCUUCAACGUUGCAGCCAAAUAUCAUAAGAAAUUACUUACAUACUUUACCUGCUAGGAACCCUGAAAAACAAAACUUAAUAAAAAAUUAAGUCAGAUGCUUGUAGUUAACAUGAAAGGUUGUUUUUACUUUAGUUUGAAGUGAAUGCGAUAGAAAGAGCUAAGAUGUGGUUAUUAAAGAAGCAAUGACAUUGCAGAGAUUUAUUUGGAGGACAAGUUGUAGAAAUAUAUGUAAAGACUUAAACCCAAGACUGUCAUAACUCAUUGCUAGCCCUUUUUAGCAGCUACAUGAAGAAAAUAGUAUCUCCUCCUUCUUUCCUUUGUUACGUGUAACAUCCUUGUUGUUUUCUACUGUUUAAUUACAUUGUGUAUUUAUAGUUCUAUGCUUACUGUUGUGCAUAUACUGGCAAUAAAAUGUACAUAACAUUACUUAAAAGAUUAGCAAUGUAUACAUUCUGGUUUUUCUGUUUUAUUUGAUCACAUGCUAUAAGAAAAAUUAUAAAUGUUAUUCAUACAGCAUUGGUUAAAAAAAUUUAUCUUCAUGUUUUGUGCGUCCAAAUGAUGUUUCUUUAUAUAGUUUUGUUACUAAAUCUGACUUGGCAUUUGAGAACAUGCUGUGAAUACAGGUAUAUUAGACAACUUUUUUAAAAAUGGAAUAGAAUCUUUAUGAACACAGCUUCCUUCAUAUGGGCAGAUUUUUUGCUUAUUAUUUCAUUUAUUUGUACAUUAUACAUCAUUUGCAUUUUAUUUUUUUAAUAUUUAAACAUAUUUUUCAGUCUGCACUCUUGUAGUUUUUACAUUUUAAUUAUACAAAAGGUCGUGUCAAAAAAUUGCACAAAUUCUAAGCUUAAUAGCCCUGUAUGUUAUUCCUGCAUUUUGUAUAGGUAAUAUUUAUUUUCAGAGAACCAUUGCAAGAUGACUGUUACUUGUCAUCUUUUUGAAGAUGCUAUUUCAUACUGAAAAUGUAAGUUAUUGAAACAUACAGUAUAUAUUCUGGAUGAAACCUAGUUUUUUUACAUGUAAACAAAAAAUACGUUUUUUAUCCCCUAUAUGACUGAAAAAUUUUGCUCCAGAUAGGGGGGAGGAAGAUAUUUACCCCAAGUUUGUUCUUCAGUUUUGCUUUGAAGCCGCCUUAAAUGUUUUAAGUGAAGAUAUCCCAUGUAUUAAAAAUCUCAAUGCAAUAUAUUUAAAUGAAUAUUUUACUUAUGAUAUGACUAGUUUUGUUUCCAGCAGAGAUGGGGUUGCUAUCUUUGUAAACAGAUAGAAUCUAUUUAUAUUACAUAAACCCAUCUGAAUGUAAGAAUUUGGAAAGAAAAUUAUUUCCACAGCUGCCAGUUGAUCAAAUUCACUGCAUUGCUUUUUGCCUUCAUUUCCUAUAUUAUAAGUAGAUAUUAGCUCAGUUAAAUUCAAUCAGUGAUUAGUCAUGCCUUAUGUUCCUGCUGGAGGUGGUUUCUCUAAUGGAUUAGCAUAAAGAUCUGGGAAAAAAUAGGACAGUUAUAAGUUGCUGUUCUUUCAGACAGGGUUUCUAUAUGUUCCUUCUAAUAUCCUGUGAAGAUAGGUCAUUGCAGUAAUUUGAUUAUUAAAAUGUAAUUCUUUAAGGUUGUGUUUGGGCUUUAAAAAAGAGGAAGGAGAAGAAAAGCUACAUGCAGAAUCAGGAUGGGAAAUGAAUAUUGUGGAUGUCUCAGACUUGGAUGUCAUUUGCUUUAAAGAAUUUUGAGUAACACAUUAUGUUCAGAUGAAGUCUUAGCAAGGAAGUUGGGAUAAUAAAUGUAAAUUGAAAGGAGAGCUGAUCAUGUAAAUUUUCCUGAGUUGGCUUGCUUGUUUGUUUUUGAAGAUAAAGGUUGGAACAGA